AUUCCAACAAUUCGUCCUCGUCUGGGCUCACCACCAUCUCAACUGCCAUCACCAUCUGCCAGUGUAUGCUCAUGCAGCACACUAUGUUGAUACCUUAGCCGUUCCCUGAACCAAACAAUGGCACUGCAGUUUGCCUCGUUCCCUUUGUACAUUCUCUUUUCUUCUUCCAUCGGACGGGUCAACUGCUAAAGCGGUUGUUGAUGCUCCUUCUCCUAUACCUAAACAACCUUGUUACGCAACUCCGUUGUUGAUCCGCCGGCCGUACGAGUACAUGGCAUCUCCGAUAGACCCUUCCACAUUCAGACCGUGGUCUUUUCGAGGGCCACCGUCCUCUAUCGUCACUGUAUAACUGCAGUGACUGUCAGCGAAGUCAACAGCACCAACGUUAGGGUUCAAUAUUGGAAUCGUUCUGGGUCUUCGGGGGCUUAGACAUUGCGUUUACUUUGGCCACUAUUCUUUGUAUUUCUCGGCUUCACGACGUACGGUCUCAUAAUACAAGCAUUUCGUUCUCCUCAUCGUUGGGCGUUUCCUGCCGGUAUCACUUUGCCACUUCUUUGCGGACUCUGCUACAUUGUUCUGAACGGUUGACGGAAUUCUAAAACAGCGACUAAAAAGAGCCGGAGUUCUUGUUGUAAUACAUACAUUCGAGCGUUUACACUCAGUUUAACCAUGUCCUCAUCAUCACCUCCUGAAGGACAAGAGUCCGAGCCGCCGCCGCUCAACCCAACCCGCGCCCGGGCACGAGCGCCAACAAUCAGCAUUGACGAUUCUGCCGUUCAACAACCCUCCGAUCAACCACCGAGCGCGGCUUCCGAUAAACCAGGACCCCUGCCUCGUAUACAGACCUCUGGUCUGGAUGACGGCCCGUCGCCGUCAACUCCGCUCUCCCUUUCGCCGACAGAUAUGCGCACAUCAUCUGACAUACGCGAGUCACGUCCAACCUCUCCGCACAAUGUUUCAUCUCCAAGAACGCAAUUUCUCGACGGGGCAUCUCCCCAGACUUUUCUGUCCGUCCCCGGGUCGAGGGCAAGGGCUCCAUCUGUGGAGUCGGAAUUGUUAUCCCCCAUGUCCGAAUUUGGUGGAGAUACGCAGAUAGCGUCGAGUACUUCAGGUUUGGACGACGAGAUGAGCAAAGCCUCGUUCAGUAACAAUGACGACGUGAUCAACGACGCAGAUGCUUUGAGACCUGAUCCCGGGACUGAGGCCGAUUUCCAGGUUGAGGACAACAAGUUUGCCUUUACGCCUGGGCAACUGAACAAGAUGAUCAAUCCCAAGAAUCUGGCUGCCUUUCAUGCUCUAGGUGGAUUGGCUGGUCUGGAGAAAGGUUUGCGGACCAAUCGUUAUAGUGGCCUCAAUGUCGACGAAGCUGGUUUGGAAGGGACGGUAUCUUUCGAGGAGGCCGUGAAAGCGGGUGCAGAAUCCGAGGAAAAGUAUGGUGCUGUUAAGAGAAGCAACACCGUCCCGGCCAUGACUGCUCCCGCCAAAAUUUCCGAAACUUCAUUCGCCGACCGCAAGCGCAUUUUUAAGGACAAUCGACUCCCCGAAAAGAAGGCAAAGACUUUCUGGCAAUUAGCGUGGAUCGCCUACAACGACAAGGUCCUGAUUCUUCUCUCCGUCGCAGCUGUUAUCUCGCUCGCAUUGGGCAUCUACCAAACAGUGAGGCCAGCUCCAUCCGAGGAACAUGAGGCUCGCGUUGAAUGGGUCGAAGGUGUGGCGAUUAUCGUAGCCAUUCUUGUCGUAACCUUCGUUGGCGCCCUCAAUGAUUACCAGAAAGAACGCCAGUUCAUCAAGUUGAAUAAGAAAAAAGAGGAGCGGGCGGUCAAGGUUAUCCGGUCGGGCAAGUCACAGGAGAUAUCUGUUUACGAUGUUUUGGUUGGAGACGUCAUGCACCUGGAGCCAGGGGAUCUCAUCCCCGUGGAUGGGAUUUUCAUCGAGGGCCACAAUCUCAAGUGUGACGAGUCGUCAGCGACCGGCGAGUCCGACCUCAUUCGCAAGACACCAGCCGACGAGGUCUAUCAUGCCAUCGAAAACCACCAGAGCCUGAAGAAAAUGGAUCCAUUCAUUCUCUCGGGCGGCAAGGUCACCGAAGGUGUCGGUACUUUCCUCGUCACUUCCGUGGGAGUCAAUUCCAGCUACGGCAAGACGCUGAUGUCGCUACAAGAUGAAGGCCAGACGACGCCUUUACAAUCCAAGUUGAACGUGUUGGCCGAACAAAUUGCCAAACUGGGCUUGGCCGCAGGUCUGCUGCUUUUCGUGGUGGUCUUCAUCAAGUUCCUCGCACAGCUCAAGCAUAUUGACGGCGGAGCUCAAGCCAAAGGUCAACGCUUCCUUCAGAUCUUCAUCGUAGCCGUGACCGUUAUUGUCGUCGCCGUGCCUGAAGGGUUGCCACUAGCUGUCACCCUUGCCCUCGCCUUUGCAACCACCCGUAUGCUCAAAGACAAUAACCUGGUACGACUGUUGAGAGCUUGCGAGACCAUGGGCAACGCCACGACUAUUUGCUCCGACAAGACGGGUACUUUGACGCAAAACAAAAUGAGUGUGGUCGCAGGAACGCUUUCAACUGCCUCUAGAUUUGGUGACAAACAGGUGCCGAUCAACUCUACCGCCGCAAAGGACGAGAAGUUGGAGGGGCCCACUGAUGUUUCCAGUGGCAUCUCUUCCGCCGAGUUUAUGGCUACUCUAUCUCCUGAGACCAAAGAAUUGCUCAAAGACUCGGUGAUCCAGAAUUCGACGGCUUUCGAAAGUGAGGAAAAUGGGAAGAGAGUCUUCAUUGGGUCAAAGACCGAGACUGCUCUCCUUUCGUUUAUCACCGAUCACAUGGCUAUCGGGCCCCUCAGCGAAGAAAGAGCGAAUGCCGAAGUGGUACAGAUGGUGCCCUUUGACUCCGGGCGCAAAUGUAUGGCUGUUGUCAUCAAGCUUCCUAACGGCAAAUACCGUAUGAUGGUCAAAGGCGCGUCGGAGAUUCUCAUUGCGAAGUGCACGAGGAUUAUCAGCGAUCCGACUAAGGGGAUAAGCGACUCGCCAAUGUCUGCCGAACAGGUAGAGACGCUGAACGGGAUUGUCAGUAAUUAUGCCUCUCGAUCAUUACGCACCAUUGCCCUGUUGUACCGUGACUUCAGCGAGUGGCCUCCCAGAGGUGCUGCUUCAGCGGAAGACAAGAAACAGGCCGAUUUUGACAAGGUCUUUAAGGAUAUGGUCUUCCUCGGCGUGGUAGGUAUUCAAGAUCCUCUCCGUCCGGGAGUCGCGAAUGCCGUCCGCGAUUGUCAAAUGGCCGGCGUUUUUGUGCGCAUGGUGACUGGUGACAACAUCAUGACCGCGAAGGCUAUUGCCACCGAUUGCGGCAUCUUUACGCCAGGUGGAAUUGCCAUGGAAGGGCCGGUCUUCAGAAAGCUGAGCACCAAGCAGCUGAACCAAGUCAUUCCUCGUCUGCAAGUUCUGGCUAGAUCAAGUCCGGAAGACAAGAAGCUCCUUGUCGGGCAUCUCAAAAAGCUUGGGGAAACCGUCGCUGUGACGGGUGAUGGUACCAAUGAUGCGCCAGCUCUAAAGACUGCGGACGUGGGUUUCUCUAUGGGCAUUGCCGGAACAGAAGUUGCAAAAGAAGCAUCCGCAAUCAUUCUUAUGGAUGACAAUUUUGCUUCGAUUGUCAAGGCUAUUGCCUGGGGCCGGACGGUAAACGAUGCGGUCAAGAAAUUCCUUCAGUUCCAAAUCACUGUCAACAUCACGGCUGUCGUCCUCACAUUCAUCUCGGCCGUUGCCAGCGACGAAGAUAGCUCCGUGCUCACCGCCGUGCAGCUUCUAUGGGUCAACUUGAUCAUGGAUACAUUCGCAGCACUGGCCUUGGCUACUGAUCCUCCCUCGCACUCGAUUCUGAAACGUCGACCGGAACACAAGUCGGCUCCACUGAUCACCAUCAACAUGUGGAAGAUGAUCAUUGGACAGUCGAUUUAUCAGCUUGUUGUGACCCUGAUUCUGAACUUUGCCGGAGCACGUAUCCUUUCCUACGGUACUCAGCACGAGAGAGAUCGACUGCAAAGCACCAUCUUCAACACGUUUGUGUGGAUGCAGAUCUUCAAUCAAUACAACUCGCGUCGGCUGGACAACCACUUCAACAUCUUUGAGGGGGUGCUCCGAAACUACUGGUUCAUGGGUAUCCAGCUCAUCAUCGUUGGAGGGCAAUGUUUGAUCAUGUUUGUGGGUGGUCAAGCAUUCUCCAUCAAGAAGAUCAACGGCGCGCAAUGGGGUUACUCGAUAGUGCUGGGCGCCCUUUCGAUGCCUGUGGCGGUUAUUAUCCGGUUGAUUCCCGAUGAACUCUUCGCGAGACUGAUCCCGGCCAUGCCUCAUUGGAAGAAGAACAACCCCAAGUUUGUUGUGGAGGAUGAGGAGGACAGGAUCCGGCACUGGAACCCGGCCUUGGAAGAAAUCCGAGAAGAGUUGACUUUUCUCAAGAAGAUCCGUGGCGGCCGUAUGUCCGAGUUGGCAUACAAGUUGCAACAUCCCCGCGACACCUUUUUGCCGCGGUCUCGGAGUCCCUCCCGUUCUCGGUCGAAUAGUGAAUUGCCUCAGACGCCAGAACUGGAGCAGGCGGUGGCCGACCCUGCCUCUGGGUCGCCUGCCACUCCAGAGCGAGCUCGACGGCGGGCAAGAUCGAGUUCCUCUGUUUUCGGUCCUGCAGCUGCAAUGGCCGGUAUCAUUGCGGGCAGUGUUGCCGGUGGAUGGUCGCCAGUCGAAAAGCGGCCCGAGGAGCAGGAGACGGUGCACUUUCAGCGGGCUCGUUCCCAUUCUGGCGUGGAGGGAACACCGGGGAUGGAAAUACACCCAGCCACGCCGGCCGAAGAUCCUGUCUUUGCGCAAACCAUUCCCCGGACUGGUAUCCCUCCAAGUCAAAAUCCCGAGUUGGCUCCCCGUUUUGAACAUGGGCCUCCUCCUAGUCCUUUAGGCCGGUCAAGAGGCUCCCAUUCUCGACAAUCAUCGUCUGCGGUAUGAUGGCAAGGGUUUGAUAUUAUUAAUUCGGUCUGACCAAGUGGAAAGCUUCAGGAUUGAGGCGUUUCUGUGCGGCGCAAUCUACAGUAAUCAGUCCGACCGUGAUAUCUGUGCUGAAAUCUGUUGGGGGAUUACCCCCUACCCUCGACCGACAACCCAAGUCGGAAUUGAGAUGGAGCCGUGUCUAUCAUGGCGUCGCUUGGAGUGGUCGGAAUUGCCGAUGACACUCACGGGAGGCCGAUGCAGGGAGCAACAAUCGUGUCGGAGCAGGCUUGGUGAAAGGAGGAAUCCUUCACCAGUCAAGUUUUACUAUAGCACUUGCUGUACAAACACUUUGCAGCGCUAUGCUCUAGUGGUGAUUUACAGGCCGUACAGAGCUAGAGUACGAGGUACUAGUAUGCUGCCCUGUAGGGCGGUUUGUAUGGCAUGUAGCGGCCUCGGCAACCCUUGUCCUAGCGAUAUUAUCAUCAUUCCUAUUAUCGCUAUCCACCACGUAAGGGUGUUGUUUUGAGCAGUAACAAAAACUCUGCCCAAAUUGUGC